GGGACAAACGACCCCACGCUCUGUUAAUACAGCGUUUAAAGAGCAUUGUUUAUAAAGUAACACGUUAAUUUGACACUCAGUUAAUUAAUAUUUGAAAAAGUUAUAGGCGUAUAUGUCCUCUGAGGAUAAUCUUUCACGUCGUACUUUUAUAGUGACACCCCUCGACCGAUAAUGGUCUGGUCUACAUGAGCACCUGCAUUUACAGUUGUAAAGUUUGAAUUUCAGCGCGUAGUGUAACAACAACAUGUGUAACGGUCAGAUCCUGUCGCUCCUUUUGCUGUCUUCGGUCUUUCAAACAGGUCUAGCAGCUCUGAUAGAAACUCAGCAGACUGUGCUGGCAGCAGUGGGAGAAGAGGCUCAGUUAAACUGUCAGCUGAUGAAAGAGAAAGAUGUUCUGCAAGUCACAUGGCAGAAACUUUUACCUGACAAGGAGCAGAAUCUUGCUUCUAACAACAAAUACUUUGGUCAGAAAGUAAAUCCUGACUUUAUAGAUAAAAUGGAGUUUAAAUAUGUUGGACUGCUGAGCUGCUCCAUAGUUAUCAGGAAUGUAACAGAGGAGGAUGAAGGAUGCUAUCACUGUUUGUUCAACACCUACCCUGAAGGAGCUCUCACUGCUACAACCUGCCUCACACUCUAUGAGCUGCAUGGCCCCGUCCUCCAUGUGAGAGCCUCAGACUCUCCUGAAGAGACAGUUGUGUCCUGCUGGGCCACAGGUGGACCUGCUCCCACAGUAACACUGACUGUCUCUCACUACAACUCUAGCAGAGUCACCAACAGCAACGGGACAGUCACUGUCACCACCACAGCUCUGCUGUCUGCUCUCCACCACAACACCACACAGGUUAACUGUACAGCACACGUGUCCUCUGGUCCUCACAGAGAGGUGGCCACCAUCAUUCCUGCUGAUGGUUUUCAUGAGGAAAUUUGGUCGGAUAACAGUGAUCGCCGUCUGACUUGGAUCAUAAAGUGUCUCCUACUACCCAUGUUUGUGGCCUGUUGUUUUGCUGUGACAGUCACUAUGUUCAUCCAUCAACGAAAAAAUCAUAAAAGUCUGUCUCACAGAGAAACUGAGAUGAAUGAGAUGAUGAAACUACAAUCAGUGACGACAAUCAGCCCCCAGAUCCUCUAGUCCCACAGAGAGACCAGAUCAGACAACGAUCAUCUCCUGAGAAGACCAAAGAAAGAGAAAACCAAAAUGUGCCACAUUCAACAAUAUGAGACUAUAAACUCACUGAUUAACACAGUUUAUGUGUGACAGUGUUAGGAAAUGGCAGCUAUCAUGAAGGUUGGUUUGAGUCGAGUUAUAGAGACUCAGAAUAACUCCAAAGACUGACAGAUAUUCUGACAGAACUGAAAUAUUACACUGUUUGUUUGUUUUUUGUUUUUAAAACAACACGAUACAAUUCCAUGUUGAAUGUAUUCUUAAUUAUACUUGAUGACCCAAACAACAAGCAAAGCAUCACAUGCACUCUUUCAUAAUCAGAGCGUUUAUCUUCUGGUUAUUCGAAAAUAUCAUGUAUUUAAUAAGAAAACACUCUGGACUACAAAUAUAAUGUGUAAAAGGUUAAUGACUUUGUGAAAUUCUGUAAAUAAAUGUGUUUUUGUUUUUUACUUUGAUGCCAGCAAAAUGUUGCAACACCUGUAAACAAUGAACCUAAUUAUAAUCUGAACUUUUCAGUAUUUUUCAUGAGUCAAUUGUGUUACAGAAUGGUGCUAUAGAAAUUAUGUAUUACAUGUUACUUCCUCUUGCAGCUUUGUGUGAUUUAUACUCAACAUAGUAUUUUUGAAACGUCUGUAGUAUCAUUUAGAUUUAUUGUUUUACAUUUAUUCAUUGUAGGAAUGUAUUUGGGAAACAAAUACAUCUAUCGUUGUUUUGCCUUUGUCAUUUUUUUAUUUGAAAUAAACUUUGGUUUGAUUUUC